AUGUCCCGCCGAGCUUCAAAAAGACCUGCUCCGUAUCCACUCCUAUGCGAACAAAAACCGGAAGAUCUUCUAGUUGCUCCAGUCGAACAUAAGGUUUACCAGGAUUUUGAGCCUAAAAGACCCCGAGAAUUUUCCCCCGUGAUGGCUCAAUCCCUUCCACCAGGAGAAAUUGACUUCCAACCGAGCAAAAUCAUCUUCAAUGCUCCGUACAAUGAAAACCAAGAAUCUAAAAUCAAAUUAAUCAAUACUUCGGCUCUUCGUAUUGCUUAUGGAAUCAAUACAUAUAUGAAAAGACUCAGAGUUGAUACGAUGUGCACUCCAAAUUGUGGAGUACUCGAUCCAAGUGAGGAGAUUCUUCUAACAAUUUCCUGCGAUGCUUUUGCAUUCGGACAAGUAGAUACCACAAAUGACCGUAUCACUGUCGAAUGGACCAAUACGUCUGAAGGAUCCACCAAGCAGUUCUGUCGUGAUUGGUUGGAUGGAGAUGGGAUGGUUCGUCGUAAGACCCUUCCGAUAGAGUACAGCUCAUCUCCAAUUGCUCAAACAUCUUCGGCACCCCUUCUUCAGGCCUCUAAGCAUGGGAUGUGGUUGCCGAUUGGAUUCGCUGCUUCCGAAUUGUACGAUUAUGCGAAAGGGGAACCAUUGGAUCGGAAGACUUGUGAGAAAAACCUGGAGAAACUCAUCAAAAAUGACCGUGAUGUUGACUACUACGAAUGGCUCAAUUUCGCCAAGCGGUGUCGAACACAAAAUCAGAAUUUGAUGGAGGAAAUGGCACUUGGAAUGGCUUUCACUACGGCGAUGGCAAACAAGCAGCACAGGAAGAUUUCUCGAAAAGCGGAGAAAAUCACGGAACCGAUCACAACGAACAAGGCAUUCUCAAUUGACUCAGCCGAGAAGUUUGACAGAGCUUUGACGUUGCCCAGCAGGAAAUGGUUCAUGAUUUCCGAUGUUGUGACGGAUGGAGAUGUGUCGAAUUGGUCGACGGCUAACUUGGUGACUCUUGUGAGAGCUCUGGCGAGAACGGUUUUCGAUAAGGUUGCCAUUGCGGACCCCCAUAUGAUGUGCUACGCAACUUCACAAAACGCUUCUACAUAUAUUCCCAUCGCUAGGGACUUUUUCGAAGGGUUUGCUGAGUACAUACUCGGUGGGUUCGGCGAAGAACAAUCGCGAGACCUGAAGUUUCGAGUGAGGAAGCUGGUCACCGACGUUAUGGGCAAUAAGUUAGACCGUGUGAGAGGCCGCCACAACAAAAUGUAUGGAAACGAAGCAAGUGAAGAUGCCACAAGAUGGCUCCGAGAGCAACUCCGCAAGGAGGAUGGAGAGCUCAAAGAAUCCCGACUAAUUUUCCCAAAUGGCUCAGAAAUGAUGUGUAACUAUCAGGUAAACGAAGAAAACCCAGAAGGAAGUAUAAAAUCAGAAAUUUUCAAUGACGAAGAGGAAGUGGAAAUGGAAUAAUUUGUUUUUGAAAUUGUUAUAUUUUGUUGACUUUUCUAUUAACUUAUGUAUUUCAAUUCUGAAAAAAAAACAUUUCAGCUGUCUAUAUAAAAGUUUUUCCAGC